AUGAGGAAGGAGAACCAGAGCAGCAUUUCUGAGUUCCUCCUCCUGGGGCUCCCCAUCCGGCCAGAGCAGCAGGGUGUGUUCUUCACCCUGUUCCUGGGCAUGUACCUGACCACGGUGCUGGGGAACCUGCUCAUCAUCCUGCUCAUCAGGAUGGAUUCUCACCUCCACACCCCCAUGUACUUCUUCCUCAGCCACUUGGCCCUCACAGAUGUCUCCUUUUCAUCCAUCACGGUCCCCAAGAUGCUGAUAAACAUGCACUUUCAAGAUCAAUCCAUCCCCUAUGCAGGGUGUAUAAUACAGAUGUAUUUUUUCAUAUUUUUUACUGAUCUGGACAAUUUCCUUCUCACCUCCAUGGCAUAUGAUCGGUAUGUGGCUAUCUGUCACCCUCUCCACUACACCACCAUCAUGAGAGAGAGGGGGUGUAUCUUGCUAGUAGCUGUAUCCUGGAUCCUCUCCUGUGCCAGUGCCCUGUCUCACACCCUCCUUUUGGCCCAGCUAGUGAACCAAACUGCUGUUUCAGACUUCCUCCUUCUUGGACUCUCUGAGAAGCCAGAGGAGCAACCCCUCCUAUUUGGCGUCUUCCUGGGCAUGUACCUGGUCAUCAUCCUGGCCAUCAGCUCUGACCCACACCUUCAUACUCCCAUGUACUUCUUCCUGGCCAACUAUCAUUAACUGGCAUUAACUGAUGCCUGUUGCACCUCUGCUUCAAUCCCUAAAAUGCUGGCCAACAUUCAUACCCAGAGUCGGACCAUCUCCUAUUCUGGAUGCCUUGCACAGCUGUAUUUCCUCCUUAUGUUUGGUGGCCUUGACAACUGCCUGCUGGCUGUGGUGGCAUACGACCGCUAUGUGGCCAUCUGCCAGCCACUCCAUUACAGCACGGCUAUGAGUCCCCAAUUCUGUGUACUAACGCUGGUCAUGUGCUGGAUGCUAACCAACUGCCCUGCACUGAUGCACACACUGCAGCUGACCCGUGUGGCCUUCUGUGCCCACAAGGCCAUCCCUCACUUUUACUGUGAUCCCAGUGCUCUACUGAAGCUGGCCUGCUCCGAUACCCACAUUAAUGAGCUGAUGAUCAUCACUGUGGGCCUAAUGUUCCUCACUGUUCCCCUCAUGCUGAUCGUCCUCUCCUAUGUCCGCAUUUCCUGGGCUGUGUUUGGCAUCUCAUCUCCUGGAGGGCAGUGGAAAGCCUUCUCUACCUGUGGUUCCCACCUCACAGUGGUCCUGCUCUUCUAUGGGUCUCUCAUGGCUGUUUAUUUACUUCCUCCAUCAACUCACUCUGCAGAGAGUGAAAGUAGAGCUGCCAUUCUCUACAUGGUGAUUAUCCCCAUGCUAAACCCAUUCAUCUAUAGCUUGAGGAACAGAGACAGGAAGGAGGCCUUGGGUAAACUAUUCGGUAAUAGAAAAAUGUUUUUCUUACCAUGA